GUUGACGUGUCGUGCAUUGCGUGCGUCCAUUCAGCAGCUCUGGUUGGCGUUUGUUUUGCCCCCAAAAAUCUGUAUUUUCAGCAGAAUUUGGUGAUUUUGAGCUCUUCAGUCCGGUGAAAGUCAGAGAACAGAGUCCGGAUCAGAGCUGAGAGCUGCUGCUGCCGUCAGGAAGACGAUCAAACACCGCUGCAGCAGGUGAAUCUGGCUCUGCAGCAGGAUGAAUAUCGGUUCUAAGAGUAAGAAGCGGGUCGUGCUGCCGAGCCGUCCGGAGCCUCCUGCCGUGGACCAGAUCCUGGAGGACAUCAACAGAGCUCCUCCCAACGACCCGGUCUUCAGCAUCCUGGAGAAAACUGGACAAGACUCGCGGGUCUCCGACAGCGACGUGGACUCUCGCUUCGAGCAGUGCCGUCAGUACCUGGAGCUGAACGAGCAGCUGCAGGAGGUGCGGGGCCGUCUGCUGCGGCAGCGGGAGGAGCUGAGGGCGGCGGGGGAGCUGCUGCAGAGCGACGUGGACGAGGUCAAAGGUCAAACACUCUGACUCUCCUCCUCUCUCAGAGACUCUUCUUCUCUUUACGGGACUUUUUACGGUUUUCCUCCGAAGACUCGGAUGAUUCAGGUCCAACCUGCAGAAGACGCUGGAUCUGAAAUAUACAUUUAUAUAUAUAUAUAUAUAUAUACGUAUGUAUAUGUGUGUGUAUGAAAUGUUGGUUUGGUGUUAGCGGUAGAAAUGAAACAGUAAAAUAAGGCUGAAAUCUUGACUGAUAAAGUUAAUGUAGCAAUUUACGUCUUAAAUGAAUCAUUUAACCCUUUAUCGGGCGAAGAACCGUGUUUGGUAACUUCAGCGGAUAUCCAAAAAAAAAUAAAAAAUUCGAGAAAAAAGUUUAAAGUGGCAAAUCUACAAGAAAAAAAGUAACAUAUUUAAGAGAUUUAAAGUGGCAAAUCUGCACGAAAAAAGUCACAGAUUUACGAGAAAAAAGUGGGAAAAACAGCAACUUUUUUCUCACAUAUUCACCACUUUAAAUCUCAUAAAUCUGCGCAUUUUUUCUCGUAGAUUUGCCACUUUAAUCUCGUAAAUUUAUUUCUCAAAAUAUUAUCCUCCUCCCCCGGGUCCGUAUGUUUUUUUUACACAUUUCUGGCUGUAUGUAAUAUCCUCCAAUAUUCUCUAUUAUUUCAAUGAGUGCCCUAUUAAGGGUUAAUAAACAAAAUAUCAACAGAAAUGAUAAAUUAUCCUAACUCCUAACUAAAGUCCCGUAUUAUUUACUGGAUACUUGGUAAAAAUAAUUACACUUAUUGAAAGCCAAAUAAAAAGCUAUAAAGAACCAGUCGUCUGUAGUUUUAGGAUGUGAUUAUUGUCAUUGAUUUUACAUUUCAGCACUUUUUGUUCACCAGAUCUUUGUGAAGUGUUCAGACAGAACAUGAAGUUCACAUUUCUGUUUGUUCCUGAAGUGAAAUCCUAAAUAAUAUUCCACAUUUCUGCACUAUAAACCUUAUUCAAACAUUCCCAGCUUGUGCCAUGACGUGUAUUGAAGCAGCAAAAAAACAUUUCUGCAGAACUGAACCUCUAAAAAGCUGCUAUGCUAAAAUCCUUCAUUUUUUCAAAGUGUCUGAUUCUGUUAUUAUGUGACAGCUGCUGGGCAACGUGUGAUUUUUGCAUUUGUAGUUGAAGAAUUAAAGCGUAGGAUCACAUUUUUCUGUCUCAAACAGGUGCUAAUAAGAACACAAACAGAUUUUACCUGCAAAAGAAUCAUCCAUCUGUUCAUAUCAGACACUGAAAGAUCCUUCUGGUGCCAAAUCCACAUCUUAUGUCUUUGUGUUGUUCCAAAGUUAUCUGGAGCUAAUAAAGUAAGAAAAGAAUAAAUAUCUUGAGGGAAACUGCUGUGCAGCUGUUGUAAUACCAAGUUGAAAAUAAUAUAAUCUAAAAGCCCAAUACAUGUAGUCUCCUUCUGACCAUCAGCAUCUUCACUAGAUCUUUAAUCUGUUUAUUAUAAUAUCUGUAAUGUGUUGAGAAAUUAAAAAUGUGUAUGAAAACUGACAUAAAAGGUGAAUGAAGACAAUUAUUGUGACGCCAAAAGAACCAAUAAAAAAGUUUAAAAAGU